CGUCCCUCGCGAGACCGACGCACCGCAUAAAUCUCGCAGUGAUGGCUGCGCCGCCCGACACGGAGAGUUUGGAGUCUCGUAUCAGUGAGUGUUUUAGACGUAUCGCACCGAGCAGGUAUGGUCCAGACUGCCGGACCGGCACGCGGCACAGGCCGAGUGCCGUCGCAGACGAGAUGACAGCCCGGCGAAGCGACCCUGUCGCCACAUCCAGGAUGCUAAGCUAGCUGCUAACUGUCAACACACAAUUUAACUUACAGCCGCACGGAGCUUCAACGCUGCGGCUCGAUGCCUCAAAUCGCUAUUUUGCGAUUAUAUCUCAAGGGGGGGGGGGCAUUUGAAGACACAGAGGGUUAAUCGUGAUUACGGAAGAGCUGUGCCUUCGUAAGAAAGUUCGAGAAAGACAAUGACACCGUGCAAAUACCGACAGCAAGCUAGCUCACGCGAUGCUCUGUUAGCACAUGCAGCGCGUCCUUCUCCGCUCGGUGGCAUGCGGGGCUUUUGGGGUCUCGAGUUAAUGCAUGCGGGGCUUUUGGGGUCUCGAGUUAAUUCAUUUAACUUCAUGGUGUCGCUCGGACUUCUUGGACCGUCUUGGGUCCUUAGGCCCUUCUGUAGCUGCACGGUGAAGGUAGUUCUAGGCGUCAAUAUUGAAGCUCAUUCAGCUGCAUUAUGAAAAAGAUCAUCCACAGGCACUCUGUUGCCAGUUGAUCCAUUACUAGUAUAAAAUAAGGGGUUAAAGAGCAAUCGAUCAACCCUCCGCCCUCAUGUGGGCGAUACCUUUUUUGUUGUGCUUUUGUGUUCUGCAGGCGUUUUCAAAAUUGGAUCAGAUCUGGAACAGUAUUAAUAUAAAAACUAUAGAAAGUAGUUUAUUUGUGAACCUGCUAAAGUGGCAUCUGACAAUAGAAACAUCUCAUUUUUCUAACCUUUCAGACCAAGCUACAAACCCACUGAACAGAGACACGGACUGGAGCAGCAUCCGGGCCUUCUGUGACCAGCUCAACAAUGAUUUGGAGGGCCCUCAGCUUGCCACAAGGCUCCUGGCCCACAAGAUCCAGUCUCCACAAGAGUGGGAGGCCAUGCAGGCCCUGCUGGUUCUGGAGACGUGUAUGAAAAACUGCGGGAAAAGGUUUCACAGUGAAGUUGGAAAGUUCCGUUUUCUCAACGAACUCAUCAAAGUAGUUUCUCCAAAGUACUUGGGCUCCCGGUCACCAGAGCCGGUCAAAAGGAAGGUUUUGGAGUUGAUCUUCAGCUGGACUUUGGGUUUACCUGAUGAGGCCAAGAUCUCAGAUGCCUACCAGAUGCUGAAGAAACAAGGUAUUAUUAAACAAGACCCAGAGCUGCCUCCCGACAAGCUGCUGAACCUUCCUCCACCCAGACCCAAGAAUGCCAUUUUUGAGGAUGAGGAAAAGUCAAAAAUGUUGUCUCGCCUGUUGAACAGCUCGCACCCCGACGACCUGAAAGCCGCCAACAAACUCAUCAAGGAAAUGGUCCAAGAGGAUCAGAAGCGAGCGGAGAAGGUGUCCAAACGGGUGAACGCCAUUCAGGAGGUGACUGAGAGCGUCGCUCUGCUCACUCAGCUGCUGCAGGACUACGACGGCGCCGCCGACAACCAGAGCAACGCCGACCUGGUCCAGGAUCUGUACCAGCGCUGUGAGAAGAUGAGACCCACACUGUUCAGACUGGCAAGUGAUACGGAGGACAAUGACGAGGCUCUCGCUGAGAUCCUGCAGGCCAACGACAGUCUGACACAGGUCAUCAACCAGUACAAGCAGCAGGUGAAGGGGGAGAUGGUGAACGGCAACAACACGUUAAACAGGACCACAGGCGGAGGAACAGCGCUGCUCGAUUUGUCAGGAUUGGACACGUCACCACAGUCUCCUCCGUCCUUCCCAGAAUUCCCCACUCCAACAGACCGCCUCAACGCCCCUUUGCAGGAGAUGGGGAUCAGUCUCCUGGAUGACGAGCUCAUGUCACUUGGUUUAAGUGAAGGAACACACACCUCCAACCCUCCUUCCCAGCCUGAGGACUCCACCGCCUGGGACUCCUUCCAGUCCUCUGACAGCAUAGACACAGACAUCCCAGCGGGACCCAGCCUCCUUCUGAGUCCAGACCCCUCCCUCUCUCAGCCCCUUUCGUCCAGCUCCACACCUGGGCACUCGGCCCUGGACGAGCUGGACCUGCUGGGAAAGACGCUGAUGCAGCAGUCGCUGCCUCCAGAGGGCCUGCAGGUCAAAUGGGACAAGCAGCAGUGCAAACCCACUCUGAGGGACCUCCAGAGCAAAUCUGGGUGCAACAUCACCCCGACCCCCAUACCCACCUUCGCCGCUGAGCCCGGCUCCACGGCGACGUUGCUGGACGCGUCCCCCCCGCGCACCAAGACGCGGCCUGCAGACGUCACGCUGGCGGAUGUUUUCGUACCGCUGGAAUCCAUUAAGCCCAGUAGUCUGUUACCUGUGACGGUGUUUGACGGACACAGCCUGCGGGUUCUCUUUCACUUUGCCAGCCACUCGCCCCCCUCUCGUCCGGAUGUGCUGGUGGUGAUCAUCUCCAUGUUGUCCUCCGCUCCCGUCCCCGUCUGCAAGAUAGACUUCCAGACCACGGCUCCAAAGUCCAUGGCGGUGAAGCUUCAGCCCCCAUCAGGAACCGAGCUGCCAGCUUUCAACCCAAUCCUCCCCCCUGCUGCUGUCACACAGAUCCUGCUGCUGGCCAACCCAAACCGGGAGAAAGUGCAUCUGCAGUACAGAUUAACCUUCACCAUGGGGGAGGAGGAGUACAGCGAGAGCGGCGGUCUAGAACAGUUCCCUCCUGCAGAGACCUGGGGGAACCUAUAGCGUUGAAACGCAACCUCGACCCGACAGACUCUCAGACUGCGCCUCACUUCCUGAAACCACCUCUCCAACGCGACACUGUGCAUUCGCUCAAUUUCCUUUUGUAAACACGUACUUUCUUUGAUCGGUAUUGAUUGGUUUCCUUGCUUUUGCGCCUGUGCUUUUUCAUAUUGGUUUUAACAGGCUACAUCAAAUUGUUUGUUCGUUGUGCUCGAUGUUCUGAUCAGUUGCGUCGAGCUUUUCAUGUGGGACACACAGGACGUUACAUGGGCAUCUUAGUUUAUACUUAAUCAUUGUUUUGUGAUGUUUUUGUAAUUUAUUUUGUUACGAAUGAGGACACUUUCUGAUUUGCACAGAAAAAGAUUUUUGAUUGUACGGUGGUUCUGUCUGUUCAUCGUGUGGAAAAGAACAAUUAACUCCAGAAUUGUGUACCAUUUACCUUAUGUGCCUUGUUUGCAGUUCUAACAUUAUUUAACGGAUUUGUUUUGUUUCUCAUCUGUGACACACAGUUCAGCUAGAAUAUUCUUAGUAUAUUUAGAUUUCUUAUUUUCACUGUUUUGCUGGUGAUCUCAAACAAGUUCAAGUGGUUUACCAGCGUGCGAUGCAUGUCAGUUCCCCCCCCCCCCAGGCUCUCAUUAAUCUCCAAUACGACUGCUUUGUAAAUACCAAUGAUUGCAGUCCUGUUAUGUACAUUUGACUUGUGCGAGCGCAUAAUUCUGGUAAAAUAUUCCAAAUGGGUAAUAAAGGAUUUUUCUUGGUGAA